CAAGGCAGGAGGAAGAGGGGGCCACUCUGUGUCGAAAGCUUGAUUACCAAGAGUUAACUCCCUGCCUUAUAGAAAUUACUGCUGUAUGGGAGAAGAUGUUGUCCUCACAACAACGAGAGGUGGAUGAAGAUGGUAUGGAGAAGCAGGAAACGGACAAGGAGAACACUGUCUCACCUGAUGAACUUUUAGAGUGUGUAAAGAAAGGAGUGCCACGCUCAUUGAGGGGCCAGAUCUGGCUAUUUCUGAUCCAGCAGCGGCAACAAAUGGGAGGCAGUGCAUCAGACAACUCAUACAGUGAUGCCAACUAUGAUGAUCUGCUCAAACAGCUGACCACACACCAGCAUGCCAUCCUGAUAGAUCUUGGACGGACAUUCCCCAACCACCCAUAUUUCUCCACACCCCUGGGCCCUGGCCAGCUAGAGCUGUUCAACUUGCUGAAGGCCUACAGUCUUCUGGACACUGAGGUCGGCUACUGCCAGGGGCUGUCUUUCAUCGUCGGCGUGCUGCUCAUGCACAUGGAGGAGAUAUCCGCCUUUCACGUACUCAAGUACCUGAUGUAUGGACUUGGCCUACGGAAGCAGUUCCGCCCAAAUAUGACGGCUCUGCAGCUGAAGCUCUACCAGCUGACCAGGCUUCUUCAUGACCACUACAAAGAUGUCUAUGAUCACUUUGAAGCCCAUGAAAUCUCCCCGACACUCUAUGCUGCUCCUUGGUUCCUCACAUUGUUUGCUUCUCAGUUUCCUUUGGGUUUUGUUGCCAGAGUUUUUGAUAUGGUCUUCGUGCAAGGAAUUGAUGCCUUGUUCAAGGUGGCCCUGAUGCUCAUUGGCAACCACCGAGCCCUGAUUCUGCAGUGUGAUACCUUUGAAAGCAUCGUGGACUUUCUCAAGAUAACAUUGCCUGAGAUGGUCCAGGUGCAGAUGGAACGCAUCAUCAAUCAAGCAUUUGAGCUGGACGUUGAAAGAGAACUUCGGGCGUACGAAGUUGAGUACUACGUUCUCAGUGAGGAGAUCACGUUUUCUUCAACACGGCAACAUCAGCAGCAGCAGCAGCAGCAGCAGCAGAUUCAGAAACAAGAUACUGGCACCACUACAGAGGCACGGUUUCCAAGGAUAGAGAAAAGACGGAUGUCUAUUGAUCUAGAAAUGCUGUACCGGUUGGAGAACCAGAACCGGGCUCUUAAAAACCAGAAUCAGGAGCUGGUAGAGAAGCUGCAGGUGAGAAUGUUCUGUUAA